CUCUCCCUCUACUCCACAGACGCCGGUGUGUGAGCAAGAGGCGGGCCCCGCAGCUCAAGCUCUGCCUAUGACUUACUCCAUCGUCUUACAAGACUGCAUCAACACCUUCCUCCAUGUCAACCUCUCAGCUCAUGACGCCGGUGUGUGAGCAAGAGGCGGGCCCCGCAGCUCAAGCUCUGCCUAUGACUUACUCCAUCGUCUUGCAAGACUGCAUCAACACCUUCCUCCAUGUCAACCUCUCGGCUCAUGAGGUGUGGUGCAACGCUACCUGGGACCUGGUGUUGUGCUGGCCGCCUACACCCGCCGGGGAGAGUGCCGAGCUGCCCUGUCCUCCUGUCAAGGGGGUCGACCCGUCAAAGUAUGUCAGCAAGAGGUGUGACGUCUCGGGCCGCUGGGAGGGGAAGUCGCCCGGGGACUUCAGUCUGCCUCAAGGCUGGACCAACUACACCGUCUGCUUCACUGAAGUCAUGCAGGACAUCAUCCGGGAGCUCUACAAGAAGUCAGCAGAGGACGCCCAGAACAAGCUGAACAUCGCCGUGGGGACCCGGAUCCUGGAGAUCGUGGGACUGAGUCUCUCACUAGCCUCACUCUGCGCCUCACUCGCCAUCUUCUUCUACUUCCGGAGCCUGAAGAACAACCGGACGCGGAUCCACCGGAACCUGUUCGUGGCGAUGGUGAUCCAGGUGAUGAUCCGCCUGGUGCUGUACAUCGACCAGGCGGUCACCAGGUGCAGCGACGACGGUCACGGGCCCUCCGACACCAACACCACCAGGCACGGCAUUGACAACACUCCUGUGCUGUGUGAGGCGGCGUAUGUUCUUCUGGAGUAUGCAAGAACAGCAAUGUUCAUGUGGAUGUUCAUCGAGGGACUCUACCUUCAUAACAAAAUAACAGUGACCGUGUUCCAUCACAGUUUCUACUACAGUGCCUACCAGGCCGUCGGCUGGGGCGUCCCGGUGCUAAUGACGGCUGCCUGGGCCACGGCAACUGCCAUGUUCUAUGGCAGCUCCAGGUGCUGGUGGGGGUACAACUUCACGCCCUACUACUGGAUCAUGGAGGGACCAAGGUUCUCUGUCAUAUCGAUGAACAUGGUGUUCUUACUGAACAUCAUCCGGGUCCUGGUGACGAAGUUGAGGCAGAGCAACUCCAGCGAGGCUCAACAAGUGAGGAAGGCGGUGAAGGCGGCCAUCGUGCUGCUGCCCCUGCUAGGGAUCACCAACGUCCUGAACAUGGUCAAGGCGCCGCUGGGAAGGUCGGCGGCGGAGUUCGGGCUCUGGUCCUACGCCACCCACUUCCUCACCUCCUUCCAGGGCGUCUUUAUCGCUCUCCUCUACUGCUUCCUCAACGGCGAGGUACGGACGGCAGUGAGGAAGUACGUGUACAACUACUGGCUCCACCGCAGCGCCGGGGUUCGAAGGGGGUCGGGCCUGUCCUCCGUGUUUCUGACCAUCGUCACGGACCUCCCCAGAGACCACCAGCACCAUGGGGGCAGACACCAUCUGUGUGGCUGUCUGAGUGGCGGCCACAGUCCCCCCCAGGG